AUGCUUCUGAGUAGGAAAUUUUGCAAAGAUCUUGGAGGCGAAAUCAAAAUGGAUUGGUCUGAAGCCAUCAUUCCCCUUGGAAAUCAGAAAAUUAAGCUUGAACCUGAGCCCAAAAAUAAGUACACUAUUUUUCCCUUAGAUAACCCAAAAACCCAGAUUCUAUUUCAGGAGUGUGAGUUUGGAAACUAUCUUGUUCUUGCACCUGGUGAAAAGAAAAUAGACGAGGCAUUUGAUGAACUUGACGGGCUAUGGCAGAUGGAGUUUGAUGGAAGCUGUGCUAACUCCGGUUCUAGAGCAGGGGUGGUUUUGCUGUCACCAACUGGUAAUAUUCUCCCCUUUUCCUUCAAGUUGUAUUUUAAGAACACUAAUAAUAAUGCUGAAUAUGAGGCACUAUUAUUAGGAUUAAGUGAGGCCAAAUGUAAAGGAAUUAAGUUGCUUAAAGUCAAAGGUGAUGCAGAAUUAAUUGUUAGGCAGGUGAGAAACAUCUAUACAAUUAAGAAUGAAAAGUUGAGGCAUUACAGAAAUAGAGUUUGGGAUGAAUUAGAAUUCUUUUAUGCCUUCUCGAUUGAAGCAAUUCUGAGGGAGCAAGAUAGUAGGGCAGAUUCAUUAGCUGUGUCAGCUUCACUUUUAUUACCACAUCUGGGUUUUAAAGAUAACUCAUAUAGGAUUGAAAUGAUCUAUAGGCCCAGUGUUCUUGAUAAUGUAGAUCAUUGCCAGAUUUUUGAUGCGGAUGCACAGAUCAAAGAUUUCCUAGAAUGUGCUUAG